AUGACUUACAAACCAAGCACUACAAUUGUGUUGGCACUCCUGCUGUCUCUGUCUGUGGCUGUCCUGGGGAGUGCUUUGCCCCAUCCAACCCAAUUUCCAUGUCCAAGAAGGACCUUUUCUACUCAGAACACAAGAUAUCCCGUUGCCAAGUCAAGUCGAGAUGAUGUGCUCGGCAACGACGACAACAAGGAAAAUUCUCAAGAGGAUGGCGUAGCAGAUCCCAAAGAGACGAUCCGGGGAGGCGCUUCUACAGUUUCUCUGCCUGCCAAACCGCCAGCUGAUCCUACCUUUGGAGAUAUUCGGAAAUUUGCUCUGCCCUGCUUGGCAUUGUGGGUAUCUGGACCGCUCCUUUCACUUGUGGACACAAGCUUUGUUGGUCUCUCUGGGUCAGCAGCUGAAUCUGCAAAGCAAUUGGCUGCAUUGGGGCCUGCCACAACCUUUUUGAUGGUGCUACCUACUUGUUUGCCUUUCUAA